AUGAGCAGCACAUCGCUCGAGUUCCCGGCAUACGCCAUGUCUUCUGAUUUUCCGUCAAUGGCGUCCGACAACACCGUUUAUGACAUGAUUUCCGCGCGGUUCGCUUCUCACAUCGCCUCGAACGAGAACGGCUACUGCACGCCGUCUUCGCGUUGGUCAUGCCCACCAAGCCCGACUUCGAGCGUGGACACGAACAAGGCCGACGAUUCGCAUGAUGACAGCCACUCCACCACCACCACCACCACCACCAACAGCGCAUCCGCACCAGAGGACUCGUCCCAGUCCACGGAAAAGGGAAGACGCAACAACAGAUACAAGAAUUGCAGCGAGUCAGUGCUUUCGAAACGCCGCGCCCAGAACCGUGCAAACCAGCGGGCCUACCGAAAGCGCAAGGAGCAGCGCCUUGAGGAGCUCCAGCAACAGCUUGACGAUAUGAGUCAGAAGAACGACGCGCUCUGCUGCGCCUACAGGCUGCUGGCCAACGAAUGCUAUCGUCUUCGCGCGGGCCAGAUGUCCGUGGGGCAGUCGGCCACCACGUGGAAUAUGAACGGAGCCGGCAGUUUGUCCUUGGACAUGGCCGCCUUGGGCGCAUACUCCGUCGCUCCCAUGUCGACAUCGAGCCCCGUCCCCGAGUCAUAUGUCGACUAUCCCGGAAGUCCCGAUACGUUGUGGAGCCCCUACUCGUCGUGA